GAGGCAAAGCAGAGUGCCAGCGAAGUCCCUCAAUCGUGUCAUAUCUGUCCUUUUUAUUCAUUGCAGGGUCUAUUUAUAGCCCGAAACAACUGCUUCCUAAAAAUGGAGUUCUUAAUGACCCAGAAGCCGGGCCAAGCUAUGUAAGGUAUCCAGGGUUUGGUCUCCCAGCUUCUCCUGUCUGUCUUUUCGCCUUUGUCUUCCAACCAGGGUUGCUAGUUUGCUUCUCAGUGACCUCAAUCUAUCUAGACGGAUUCAUAGGGGAAGCUGAGGUGGCAGGAGGGGAGCAGAUCAAGCUGGCACCCCGAGAGCUGGACCUCCACAGGCUCUGGAAUUCCUCUUCCUUCCCCCAAGAUAAACAAGAAACACCCAGAGAUGAAAACAGCUUGCUGGCUCCUGGCAGUUUUUUACGUGCUCACUUGCUGCAGGGCAGAAGAAGGACUGGAAUUCCCUACCUACGAUGGGAAAGAUCGGGUGAUUGACCUGAGCGAGAAAAACUACAAGCAGGCCUUCAAGAAGUAUGACAUGGUCGGCGUGCUCCUUCAUGAGCCUGUGGCAUCCGACAAAAUUUCGCAGAGGCGUUUUCAAAUGACUGAGUUGGUGCUGGAGCUCGCUGCACAGGUCCUAGAAGAGAAAGGCAUUGGUUUUGGAUUAGUGGAUUCCAAGAAAGAUGCCAAACUUGCCAAAAAGCUGGGUCUGGAUGAAGAAGGGAGCCUGUACAUCUUUAAGGAGGAUCACAUCAUCGAGUUUGAUGGGCAAAUGGCUGCAGACGUCUUGGUUGAAUUCCUCCUAGAUCUGAUGGAAGACCCAGUAGAGAUCAUCAACAGCAAAUUGGAGCUGCAGGCCUUUGACCACAUGGAAGAAGAGACCAAACUCAUUGGCUACUUCAAAGGAGAAGACUCAGAACAUUACAAAGCAUUUGAGGAGGCAGCGGAACACUUCCAGCCCUACGUCAAGUUCUUUGCCACCUUUGACAAAGGGGUUGCAAAGAAACUGGGCCUGAAGCUAAAUGAGGUGGAUUUCUAUGAGCCUUUUAUGGAUGAGCCGGUCCAUGUCCCUGACAAGCCAUAUACAGAAGAAGAACUGGUUGAUUUUGUGAAUGAGCACAGAAGAGCCACACUGCGCAAGCUGCGCCCAGAAGAUAUGUUUGAGACCUGGGAGGAUGACCUCGAUGGCAUUCACAUUGUGGCAUUUGCUGAAGAAGAUGACCCAGAUGGCUUUGAAUUCCUGGAAAUUGUCAAGCAGGUUGCUAAAGACAAUACCGACAACCCUGAAUUGAGCAUUGUGUGGAUUGACCCAGACGACUUUCCUCUGCUCAUUGUGUACUGGGAAAAGACCUUCAAGAUCGACCUAUUCAAGCCACAGAUUGGUGUGGUCAAUGUCACAGAUGCUGAUAGUGUCUGGAUGGAUAUCAGAGAUGAUGAUGACCUCCCAACAGCUGAGGAAUUGGAAGAUUGGAUAGAGGAUGUGCUUUCUGGGAAGAUAAACACUGAAGACGAUGAUGUUGAUGAAGAUGAUGAAGAUGAAGAUGAUGAUGACGACGACGAUGACGACGACUAGGUUAUGGCACUUUGAAAGCAUCCGGACAUUAAAUUUAUAUUCCUCAAGAUGUUAUGCCUCCCAGUGUUCUCCCUUAAAGGGAAGACAUUUGUAUUUAGGACUUCCAAAGUCUGUUUCUAAGGGUCACUGAAGGCUUGCUGCCUUGUUUUCUUUCCUUUGUACCCAUCUCCAACAUAUUUCCUAUUCUAACUUCCAAAAGCUGUUUCCCAAGCAUAAGACAAUAAAAAAGGUGACUGCAUGGCA